AGUACCAAAGAGUAUAAUAUUAUUAUACUCUUUAUUAUAUAAUAUUAUAUUGGUCAGUAGUUCAGUACUGAACGCUUAUAAUAUCACCCAACUUACGACUUCGACUAUAGUAUUUUAACUUUAUCUGUGUUUAUCACGGUUUUAUCGUGUUUUAGUUUUUACGUGUUAAUUGUGUUUAUUUAACAAGUUGCUAGUAACUAAAGUCUGUAUCUGUAUUUGAUUUUAUACUGUAAUUAAGUACAGUCGGUGAGAUAUUUUAUAAAAGAUGUGGAAAGCCACUACAGAUGUGGCCAUCCCACCACCUCCUGAGGUGGACGACUGGGAGACUGACCCAGACUUUGUUAAUGAUGUCACAGAACAGGAGCAGCGCUGGGGUCCCGGAGGAAGACAUGUCGAAGCAAUAGAUAUGGCGAAAUUAAGAGAAGAAGUAUUCGAAGCUGAUAAGAAGGCCAAGGAAAAAGAGUACGAGCUAGGACCAAAGUCAUCUUACGGGUAUGGAGGUAAAUUCGGCGUUCAACAAGACAGGAUGGAUAAAUCUGCGGUGGGGCACGACUAUGUGGGCAAGACUGAGAAACAUGUUUCCCAGAAGGAUUAUGCGCAAGGUUUCGGCGGCAAGUUUGGCGUGCAGAGCGACCGCAUGGACGCGAGCGCCGUGGGUCACGAGUACGUGGGCGUGGUAGAGAAGCAUGCUUCACAGUCCGACUACUCCAAGGGAUUUGGCGGAAAGUUCGGCGUCGAGACCGACCGCAUGGACGCCAGUGCGGUGGGCCACGAGUACGUGGGUGUCGUGGAGAAGCACGCCUCCCAGUCGGACUACUCCAAGGGAUUCGGUGGCAAGUUCGGUGUUCAGACCGACCGGGUCGACAAGAGUGCUGCAGGGUGGGAGCACAAGGAGCAGAUAGAGAAGCAUCCGUCGCAGCGGGACUACAGCGUGGGCUUCGGGGGCAAGUUCGGGGUCCAGACGGACAGACAGGACCACAGCGCGGCCGGCUGGGAGCACAGAGAGGAGAUCCCCCGCCAUCGCAGUCAGACUGACCACAAGAAGGGUUUCGGCGGCAAGUUCGGCGUGGAGAGCGACCGUGUGGACGCGAGCGCGCACGGGUUCUCCACCGUGGACAAGGUGGGCACCAACUAUGAGCGACAUAAGCCUGACAUCGGCGGGGCGAAGCCCUCGUCCAUCCGCGCCAAGUUCGAGAACAUGGCCAAGGAGAAGGAGCAGGAAGCUCUGAAGUCUGUGCAGCGGAUAAGGCAGGAGAGACAACAGACGGACAAAUCUCUUUCGGAAAAGGAAAAGGAACGUUCAGCUAAAGAGGAAGAGAAGUGCCCAGAAGAAUCGAAGAAGGUAGAAGAGGAAAGAGAAGUGACAGUAGAGGAACAACCGCCGCAACAGAAGCCUGUAUCGACACCGGAGGUGCAGACGGCCGCACACACAAACUUGCCCGACGUCACUCUGGUAGGAGAGAGCAGGGAGAUAGAGAAGGAGACAGCAAAAGAAGAGGUGGUGCGGCAGCCCACGAUCGUGGUGUCGCCGGUGGGGUGGGAGGGCGGCGAGGGCGAGGCCGACGAGGAAGACGGCUACGUGGCGCGAGCACUCUACGACUACCAGGCCGCCGCGCCUGACGAGAUCUCCUUCGACCCCGACGAUCUCAUCACCAACAUAGUCAUGAUCGACGAGGGCUGGUGGCAGGGGCUGUGCAAGGGACAGUACGGCCUGUUCCCGGCGAACUACGUCCAGCUCCAGGAUAAGUAGACUGCUGCACAUUCCACCUGCACACAACAUGUACAUUGUUAAUUAAUUCCUCCUUGUGUCGUUUUCCUCAUUGCUGAGGCUCGUGACCUCCAUAAUUUAUUUUCCGGACGAUCGCUUUCGAUUUGAAAGUAAUUGUAAAUUAAUUAUAAUCAUAUCGAAUAUGUACUAUAAAUAAAGGUAAGAGAAAUAGAGACAUAAUGUGUUGCCUUAUUCUAUUAAGUUUAAGUUUAUGACGCGAUCAAUUUUAAAUAUUUUAUUAUGUAUAGAAUUUAAAAUCAAUUAUUUAACAUCAAAAACACUAUCGAAAUAUUAUGUCUCAGACCUUAGAAGAAAGGGCGCAAAAAACUCACCGGGCUUUUUCCAAUCACAUCGCUUCCUGUCAAAAGCUACUGCUUUUGACAUAUAUAAUACUUUAUAUACCUGUAUAUAUCCGACUAUGAUAAUCGUGUUGUAUAGCAACUCUCAUGAUUCGGUAGCGUUAUACACAAAAACAUAUUGUGUUUUAAUAUUUAUUUUUAUUACAUAAACAGUGAUAGGUAAUGUUACAGUGAACAUUAUUGUCGCUUAUCAUCUGCAUUUUCUGAAACGUCACUUUGUUAGUAGAGGUCACUUGACCGCUGCGUGGUUCAAGGGUUAGCCCGUAGCUUUAGCUAAGGGGCCAAGUUAUUGUUAGUCUAUUCCAGGGGUGCUCAAGCUUGAACUGCUGGCGAUCUAUCUCAAAAUUGUUAGACUACGAUCGAUCGGCUCUGAUAGGCUUCAAGUAUGUGUGAUGAAGGAUUGUCGUCUAGGUAGAGUGUCACGAUGACAUAGAUAUUAGUUUUGCGCAAAAUAUAAAUUUUAUUAGUCAUGGUAAGUGUAGGUCUGCUCCUAAAUGUCAAUGAAAAAACUCAUAAUUAUUAUUCAAAAUUGCGAGUUUAUUGGUUCUUACAAAACAAACGCGUUCUAAAGUUCUAAGCUUAACACUAUUAACUAAAUAGUGACUUUGGAUGUUGAAGCGUGACACUGCAUGUCCUGAGCAUACUUUUCAUAAGGUGGUACGUAAUUACCGAUUUUAGUUUAUUGUACCGGAUUUUUUUCUCGAGAUCGACUCAAAAAGCACUCGCGAUCUACCUGUCGAUCCCGAUCGACCGUUUGAGCACCCCUGGUCUUUUUUAUUUAAAUCCCUUUGCAGUAACGUUUCAGUAGGAUUGCUAUUUUUUCAAUAACAUGUAAGUUUAAUUUUUACCGUGUGUAAAAAUGAUUACUUGAUCUAUAUAUCAUUGGCCUCACAAGGAAGACCGAUCCCACCCGUCUCAAUCACUCAAACUUGAAUCUAAAUCUUAACGGACAGUAAAAAGGUUGAGUUUUAUUAAAAUAUUUUUGACAUAUCGAUAAUUUUGUAUUCUCGAGCAUUAUAGCAAGGAAGGAGUAUUGUAUCUAAUAAUCUAGUACAUAUUUGAUCAUAUAUAUUAAUAUGUAUUACUUAAUUCAACUAAAAGUAAUUGAAGAAUACACGGAUGUUUCAAUGUGUAAUGACUAUCGCCUUUUUUAUUAAGUGUACGAGAUACUUGAUGAUAAAUGAGUGCUGAUAAUUUUUAUAAAUUAUUGAAAUAGUAUAGAGCACUGAUCAUUAUAUAGACGACAUUUAUAUUCCACUGGCGGCCACUGUAGUGUUGUUAUAAAUCAUUGAUAGUUGUGUGACAUGAAAGUUAACUUACGUUAUCGUAUUCUAUAUAUGUUGCAGGUAUAGAUAGUGAUAUAGUGUACCCGUGACAUUACAAUGUCACUAAAACCAGGUCGUUAAAUUGUGAGAAAUAUAGUCGAUAAUCUAGCGUUAAAUUAUAAUAUUGAUAUGGCAAUAUACCUGCGAUAUAUAUAAUACGAUUGGUUUUUAAUGUCAUAUGCCUAACAAUAAUCUAGUGACAUUUUAUAUUGUUAUUAAAAACCAUUGAUGUACAAUAAACUACUAGACUCACAAUCGCGCUCAAAAAAUGUCUGAAGCAAAAAUGCGGACGCCUCUAUUAGGUAGAGUUUUUAUUCAAUUGUGUUUCGACCGCGCUUUGAAUACCAACCCACGCAAUAAAGUGUUUAGUGAAAAUCUCUCCAAAUAACAGCAUAUCCAAACUUAAAAAGGAUGGAGUGUCGCAUGUCAGGUAAGCGCUCCUUUAAAUUAAAAAAAUGUGUAACUAACUUAAUGUUUUCAAUCAUUUUGCGUAAAAAUAUUUAUUUUAACGUAUGUUCAAAUGUGGUGAGCGUAAUGUAGUGUUACUACUUCUAAUGAGCGUAAUUCAAUAGACUUAAACAUUAAUACCAUGAAAUAAACUACUAUCCGUAGAAGUUUAUGUAUACGUAUAUACAACGCCCCUCGGACAUUUUCUUACAACCUUUGAAUAGGCGUUUCGGAGUCUAGUUGUGUUUUGUAAUGUUAAAAACAUGUUUAUUAAGUUGGUAAUUUUAAUAAUAAAUAUAUAAUCUGUCAUAUAUUAUUAUACUAUGACAAAUGUUUUAUUUACCGACUCUGUAACUUCUGUUAAUUAUUGAAUUUAUUGAAUGCACUUUGAUCAAUGACCCUGUAUUCUAUCUUACUUUCUUCAUCAAAAGUCACUUUAACUAUUUUUACUGUAAACAUCCGUUCACUAUGAGGAUUGUGUUUGCUAAUUACGACAGAGUGUUGUUAGGUAAUAAGCAAUUUUAUUGGUUUUUAAAUGACUGACUUAAAUAUUUUCUUAGCAUAAAUUUUAUUUUCUGCUACAUUAUGACUGUGUCAUUAUGUAUCAUAAAUUGUAGUAAAGAGUGUCAACAUAAUUUGGUGUCUAAUAAUUCAUCAGCACAGUUGAAUUGUAUGUGAAAAAAUAUAUGUUGUGUCAGAAUUCGUCAUGCAUUCUUAAUGCCAUUGCUUGUGGUCGCGUCGUGGGUAGGGUCGUUCCCUUCCCUAACGUAGGUAAGAUAAAAAUAUGACUUUUGUGAAAAGCUUAUUUUAGAAUUUAAUGACAUGUAUGUAGUUAGUACUUAGUGUUGUGCACUUUAUAAUAUUAUAGAGAAUAUAGCUUGUUGAAAGUAUUAAAAUGUUCUAAAUAUGUACAACCACAGCGUUGAUAAAAUAUUUAACCAACUGAUUAUUGUAAUUAUAUAGAAUUGUUAAAAUACCCUCAAUUUAUAGCACUAAGGCCGUUUUCAUUUGGAAACUCCGUAAUGAUCACUUUUAAAUGUUUGUUACUUGACAACAGCAAAGAGCAACUACUAUCUUUCUCGGUCGGGUACACUAGGUGACGGAUCAGCUAAGAUAAGUUGGGUGUGCAGUGCGCGAAAAGAAGUUUUCACUUCAAAACAUUAUCAGCAUUUUUGAGAUUAUAAAGAUAUUUAUUUAUACGAGACCAUUUUAGUCAUCCUAUUUUGAUUGGUACUCUUUAAUUAAUAAAAUAUUUAUCUGUAGGCAUUAUUUCAUUAAACACAUUUCGAAAUAUAUCAUUAAUCAACCUGGCAAAUUGUUCGUAUCUGUAGUGUGUUGCAAUAUACAUUCAUUAUUUCCAAGUCGUAUCGCCUAUAUUGAAAUGACUUGAACUCAACCACAUGAGUCAUGUCACGUGACAAAUAGACCACUUAAUAAACUACUCGUAUGUUAUCCUGGCGUAUCCAAUUAUUCGCCACACGUAAAGCUCGUUGAAAAAUAUAGCGGUGAACUGAUAGCUUCUAUUUUGAACAACGCACACUAAUACGCACUAUGUUAUGCACAUGAAAGUAUUAAACCUGGCCUGUUGUCGUGCAAGAGGCUCUAUUUAGACGUUUAAAUUAUCUAUUUGCUCCACUAUAUGUUUGCAGUCCAGAGGUCAGUACCUCUAUUACUUAUGUAUACACUAUCAUCAUUUGGUAUUUGUCAUUUUGACGCUGAUAGCAGCAGUAUAUAAUGCAUCCAGCCGCUUUAAUACUAUUUUUAAUAUAAAAAAUGUUUUGUAACAAUUAUGAUACUAUUAUUAUGUCAGUUUCAUCUAUUAAAAUUAAAUUAUCAAAGUAUGUUAUUUAUACAUUUUGUACCAUAAAAAAUACGAAUUUAAUAGUAAUUUGUUAGUGAUACAUGAAAAUAAUAUUUUAUAUUUUCAAAAUUAAAAUCAUAGUUUUAUUAUCUGUAUGUCACGUGACCGAUAACGCCGAUCACCAUUUUGUGACGUCACUAUAGCAGAAACAAUUUGUUUUUAGCAACACAAUAACGAUAAUAUGGACUAUGAGACAACGUUUUUAUUUUUGGAAAAAUCCUUGGAUAAUUUAUACGUCCAGAUAGUCUAUGACAGCUGUGAAAUCAUCGAAAAAAUUGACCUUCGUACUAACCUCAUUUUUGAGAUAUUCAAGGAUACUAACACAAAUCGCGAGUGUAAGACGUAGCUUGUCACGCACACUAAACUAAUAUUUCUGGCCUGUUGUUAUCGGUUGUGUAAGUGCAAAAGACUAUCUAGAGUCUAGAGGUAUAAAUUAUGUAAAAAAAAACAAUAAGGAUUGUACUGCUCAUUUUAUAUUUCUUUAUUAAGUUAUUAAGAUGUCUCGAUCAUGGCGGCCCCCUUUUUGGCGCGACUAUUUAUCAUUUAAAUUUAAAAAAAAAUAAAAAAAUAUUUUCAGGAAUUGGUAAUACCAGUUGCCUGUCAAAUGUUUACAAUUAUUUUAGAAAAUAUUUUAAAUAAUCGACGAAUAGCCUAUUGAAUACAAUUAUCAGUUGCUUGCUUCCACAGUGAGAGGUAACACGACCUAACUGAAUAAACAAUUAAAUGGAAUUAAUGUUAUUGUUAAAGUAUAUGAAAGAACAAUAAUGUGUUUAUCUUUUAUAAUAAUGAUUUAUAAAAUAAAUGAUAAUAUUUUA